CUUUUUCCCCAAAAGAGCUUUUCCAAAACAAAGGCAAGAGCUCAGAGAGAGAGAAAGAGAGAUUUUGAGAGUAGAGAGAUGACAAUUUCAUUAGAGGAGAUGGUGAAAAAUGGGUAUGCUUCUCCUUCAUCGUCUCCCCCCACACCUCCAUCUCCUCUCCCCAUUAGUGUAGGCCCUGGCCACCAAAAAUACAGCUUCUCGGCAUCACCGACACCAUCGCCGCCCUUCUCACCACCGUCAAGCCACACAUCAGCUGAGAACCUCCCCCUUAUGCCGGUGAAGGCGUCGAGCCCACGUCCGGCACCAUUGGCAUUUUCAUUGGACCGUCAAGACGCCGGCGAUUCGGAUUCUCCGAGCUCAUGCCUAAAGGAAUUGUUAGAAUGGUUGGUUCAGAGAUGCUGCAGUUGCUGUUCUCAGCCUCUGUUUACCUCCUCCAAAGUUCAUCCCUAAGAUUUUUUUCCAUACCGGUUUCUUCUAACAAGAUUGCCCUGAUGCUCUAACCCUAAGAUUGCAGUAGUUUUUCAACACAGAUUAAUCCCUAAACUCAUUCAUGAAGCAAAUGAAGCCAAAAUUUUCAGUCUAUAGUUCAGCACUUCCAUGAAUAUUUCUCGGAUUAUCAGUAAAGCAUUGUGAUUAUAUUGUGUUUAACAGAAUAAUGAUGUAUUAUUUUCCUAAUAUGCAUGUUCUUUCUGCUCCUGAA